AUAAUGACGAAUUUUAAUUAAAUAAUUGAAUUAAUAAAAGAAAAUUGUGUUAAAAAUUAAAAAAAAAAAUAAAACGAAUUAGUAAAAAAUAUUAAAUUAAGUGAAAAUAAAAAUAUUUGUAAACUUACAUCACAAUGAAAUCGAAAAAAGUUUCAGCACCACCGAGACCACAACGCUCGUUGGCACUGCGUCAACCAUACAUCACAAAAACUACAUCUGGUUGGAUGAUCAUGUUACUCAUAUGCUGCCUUAGUUUGCUAAGCCCUUUGGUCUCGGCCUACAAUAUUGAUAUACCCAGCUAUACAAAACAUCAGCGUCCCGAGUCGAAUACCAUGUUUGGUUUUAGCAUUGCCUUGCACAAGGGUCGUAGUGGCCCUCAGACAAAUUCUUUGGUGGUCGGUGCCCCUAAAUUUGAUACCUCUUCAUAUCAAGAAGGUGUUAUAGAAGCCGGUGCCGUAUUCAAUUGCGGCAUGAACGAUGGUGACUGUAAUUUAGUGAAAUUUGAUUCUUCAAGCAAUAAUCGUAAUACACAGGGCGAUGUGAUUGAUCGCAAGUCAUAUCAAUGGUUGGGUGCAACAGUGGCAACCAGUCGUGAUAACGAUUUAGUUGUGGCUUGUGCUCCACGUUAUGUUUUCCAUACCAUAACACCAAAAAAGAAUUUACGCUGGGAUCCCAUUGGUACGUGUUUUACCACAAGAAACUUUACGCAUUUCAAUGAAGUCUCACCAUGUCGUACAAACAAUUGGGGUUAUCAUCGUCAAGGUUAUUGCCAGGCUGGUUUCAGUGCCGCUGCUAGUGGUGUUGGUGAUCGUUUAUAUGUUGGUGCUCCUGGUAGUUGGUAUUGGCAAGGACAAGCCUACUCAGUAUCGCCAGAUGCAACAUUCCCCUAUAAGCCGCCAUUUUAUCAACCUUUCGGUACCGGAGGUCAAACUUAUUCGUAUGAUGUUACCAGACCCGAAAAUCAAGUCUAUUCUACAGCCGAAAGUAGUUCGGCUGAUGAUGAUUCGUAUCUAGGUUAUUCUAUGGUUACUGGUGAUUUUAAUGGUGAUCGUGCUGAGGAUAUUGCCAUUGGCAUGCCCAGAGGUGCUGGUUUGCUGGGCAAGAUUGUGGUAAACAAAUGGAAUAUGGUGAAUUUGUUUAAUAUAACUGGUCGUCAAAUUGGUGAAUAUUUUGGUUAUGCCAUGGCUACCUCAGAUGUGGAUGGAGAUGGUUUGGAUGAUUUGAUCAUUGGUGCUCCUAUGUAUAGUGAACCCGGCAAUGCUGAGGGUAAAUAUGAUGUGGGUCGUGUCUAUAUUCUUUUGCAGACCAGUACAAAUGAUCGCACCCGUUGGUCCACCGAGCAUAUACGUGAUGGCUUUAAUACCAAAGGACGUUUUGGUUUAGCUUUGACCACUUUGGGUGAUAUUAAUCGUGAUGGUUAUGGUGAUUUUGCCGUGGGAGCUCCUUAUGAUGGUCCUUUUGGUCGUGGUAUUGUUUAUAUUUUCCAUGGUUCGGCCAAUGGUCCUUUGGUCAAACCUUCUCAAAUCAUCAAAUCUGAAGAUAUUGUAGAGGGUGCUCCUUAUCCUCGUACUUUUGGUUUCGCCUUGUCGGGUGGUUUGGAUAUGGAUGGUAACACUUAUCCCGAUUUAGCAGUAGGUGCUUAUGCCUCCGAUCAAGUUUUCAUAUUUAAAUCCCGUCCUGUAGCUGCCGUCAAUGCCAUGACAUCUUUCGACAGUCCCUCUAAACUCAUUAAUAUCGAGGAGAAACAUUGUCAGACAGUGCGUGAUGGCAAACGUGUAGCUUGUACCUCUAUAACCACUUGCUGGAGUUAUACUGGCGAAUAUUUGCCGAAUGUUUUGGAAUUUGAUGUUUCCUGGGUGUUGGAUGCUAAGAAACCGAAAAAUCCUCGCAUGUUUUUCUUAUUGGAUGAAGGACGUAAUAUACGCAACAUGACCAUUACUUUGGCAGCUGGCAAGAAUUUCUGUCGCAAUGAAACUGUUUAUCUAAUCGAUAAUGUACAGGAUAAAUUGACACCCUUAGAAGUGGAGACACGUUAUAAUUUACGUUCGAGCAGGUCACAAGCUCCAUUAGUAAGACGUAGACGUGGUAUUUUGGAACCGGUCAUUGAUCAAAAUCGUGAAAUUGUUCAAAGAGAUGCCAUUAAUAUACAAAAGAACUGUGGUGCUGAUAAUAUUUGUGAACCUGAUCUUAGAUUAGAAAUUAAGACUGUUGACAAAUAUCUUUUGGGCUCUCGUGAACCUUUAUCGAUUGAGGUUUUGAUUUCCAACAUGAAUGAAGAUGCUUUUGAGGCUGCUUUUUACAUGGUUAUGCCCAAGGAUUUGGACUUUAAGAAAAUCCAACAGAUUGGUGAUAAAACCGAUACACCCAUUACCUGUACAGCUCCUUCCGAGGUUAACAAUUACACUUUGAAGUGCGACAUUGGCAAUCCUUUGCAGUCCAAGAAAGUUUCCAACUUUAAAGUUAUUAUGUUACCUUCCCAAAAAGUAGGCAUGGCUCCCAGUUAUGAUUUCUUUAUGGAAGCUAAUUCGACAAAUGUUGAGAAACCUGGUUCUCAUUUCGAUAACAUUAUACGCAAGAGCAUUAGCAUUUGGGUAGAGACUGAUUUGGCCAUUGAUGGUACCUCAUUGCCAGAUUUUGCUUUAUACAAGGCUUCCGAUUAUCAACCAGUGGAAAAUGCCACCAAAGAAGAAGAUUUGGGUCCCCAGGUGGUGCAUUUGUAUAAUAUCUUCAACAAGGGUCCCUCCACCAUCGAUGAAGCCAUUGUAUUUAUUCAUUAUCCCUACCAGACCGCCGCCGGUGAUUAUCUUAUGUAUAUGACCAAUCAACCUGAGACCCAUGGCAAUAUCCAAUGUGAUCCUCAUAUUAAUGUUAAUGCUUUGAAUUUACAAUUGGAUCAGAAUUUGGUACGUAAAUCCUAUCUGGAGGAAAGAGGUGCUGUUAUCAAGAGCCAAGGUGUUUAUGAGAGUUCCAAAGUUUUUAUUGAAAAGUCCCAUGGUCAAAAUCAGGGUGGUGCAAAUGUGGUAGCCAUAGGUAGAGGCAAACAAUUGAGCAAGGAAGAAACUAUACGUUUGGAAAAAGAAGAUGAACAGGCGGCCACUGGUGAUGCUUCCUUUGUGCACUCGCAACGUGCCAAUGCUGCUGCCCAGGGCAAUAUUCAGGGUGGUGGUAGUUCUGGUGGUAGUUGGGCUUGGUCCUGGAAUUCUACUGGCACCGGUAGUGGUCCCUCAGUAGUGGUACAAACUAAAAAUAGUUCAGUCUAUUACGAUGAACGUGGCCAGCCUCAUGUGGUGGAAAGUAGUACCGAAUAUGUUACCAGCCUCGACAGUAUACCUAGAACCUACCAACACUCACAACAAUCUUCGGCUAAUUACCAACAAGCCGGUGCAGCUUCAGGUCAACAACAACAGUUCCAACAGGCACAAGGACAAGCUCAAAUGGGUGCCCAUAACGCCAGAGGUCAUAUACAAAUGGCUAGUCCUCAGGGUUCUACUCAAUAUCAAAGAACUUAUGUUACAUCGGGAGCCCCACAAAGAGUACAAUAUUCCUCAUCUUCGUCAUCAGGUAAUGCUUACAGACCUCAACAACAAAAUCACCGUGUAGGCAGUGCUGCUACUUAUAAUGAUUUCGCAGCUGGUGAUGGUAAUUUCGAAAAGGCUGCCGUAGGAGGUCGCGGUUUCCAGGCUGGCACUUUAGAUUUGGGAGCUCUUAAUCGUGGCAAUGUGGAACAAGAGUUACGCACCCAUAGCGUUCAACCACAACAAGGCAGCUACAAUUAUCAUCAAACCUAUUCCAGUGGUACACCACAAACCAAUGCCAAUUAUCAUCAAGCUUCCUCAUCUAGCUAUGGUGGCAGUAAACCCUAUUAUGGUCUCGAAAAUGAAGAUUACUAUGAUGAGGACUACAAUAGUCAAACAGCAGGAGGUCAACAAGGUGCCCAAUCCUCUCAGAAAUGGUCUCACUCCUCUUCGUCUUCCCAACCCCUACGAAGAGUGCGUCGUGAAGAAUCCGAAGUUUCAGAACCAACACAAAUCGAUAUGAAUUCACCUUGCAAGGCUGCCAAAUGUGAAACAUUACGUUGUGUAGCCCGUAAUUUGGGAAAAGAUGAUGGUGUUUGGAUAGCCAUACGUACACGUAUGGUUGCUCACACCAUGGAAAAGUUAGCGAGUAAUGUUCCUCUAAAUGUUUCCACUAUGGCGGUGUCUCAUGUCACGAAACUGCCAUAUAUAGGUGAGCCCAAAGAUGAUAUUAUUCGUACACAUGAGAUUUUCUAUAAGGCCAUACCAGAACCUACUCCCGUGCCCGAUGUGGUGCCAUUGUGGGUGGUAGUGUUGGCGGCAUGUGCUGGUGCUUUGAUUUUGUUACUCUUAAUAUUCCUGCUUUAUAAGUGUGGUUUCUUCAAUCGUAAUCGUCCCACCGAUCACUCAAUGGAACGUCAACCCUUACGUAACGGUUAUCAUGCCGAUGAACAUCUGUAAAUGUUGUUGCAACAAAGAGUGCUUACAAGUUCAGCUUAUAGAACAAACUCUAAGAGUUUUUCUAUUAAACAAAUAAUUGCCUUUAUUAACACUAGUAAUAGAAAGAAAUUUUGAAAAUAACAAGAUGGCGUACAAGAGAUUAAAAACUAAGAAUCAAACAAAUAAUUUAACUCUUUUAUAAAAAGUUUUAAAGAAAUUAAUUUAUACUCUUAUUACAAAACUCCCCGCUAAAGAUCUUGUUAUAAAAUAAUUUUGUUUUUUUUAUUUAAAAAAAACUAACGGCUCCUAGUCACCAAAAAAAUAUAUAUUAAUAAUAGAAAGAGAAGUAACGAUUUUUUAUAAAUGUUUGCCAUAGAAGAAAAAACGAACGAUUUCUUAUAAUAUUAUAAUUAUUAAAGAAAGAGUAAGAAACUACUUUUUUUCAAAUUGUUAAAAUUAAAAAUAAAAAAAUAAUAAAAUUAUUUAAUAGAUUUUUUUAAAUAAACCUGUUGAGAAUUAUAAGAAACCUAAAAGUGCUAAACAAUUUUAAACUAUUUAUAAACAACUUAAACUAAACAAAAACUAAUAUUUAAACAAAAAAAACUAAUUCUAAAAAAAAUUAAAAUUUUAAAAGUUUAAUUAAAAUAAUUCAAGAUUUUUUUUAAUUUAUAAGCAAUUUUAUCUGCCACAGUGUGUGUGUGUGUAUGUCUGUGUGUAAGGAAAUGAAUGAAUGAGUUUGAAUUUAAUUUUUAACCCUGUUCUAAUGUAUAUUUUUAUCCUGUUUUCUUAUAAGUGAGUAUGUAUGAUACUUGAGUGUAUGUGUAAAUUAUUAAUAAAUUUUAUUAUAAAAUCUACAAAAAAAAAGUUCAUAUUUGUUUAUUAAUUUUUAAUUAUGAUUAACCAAUAAUUAAUUUUCUUCAGUCUGCUAUUAAUUUUAAAAUUUGUGUAAAUAAACUUUAAGUCAGAAAUAAGUUGAAAAACAAUUGUUAUAAUAAUUACUCUUUUUUAUACAUAUGUAGUUUUUUUUUAACAAUAAAAAAACAUUUUCUGCUUAGUUGUUUAAUUUUGAAA